CGCGGAUGCCGGCCUGCUGGAACAUUGUGAAACGGUGCUAAAAUUUAACGGGAUAAAGUUAAAGCAUAGUAGUCAUUUUAAUUUGGACAAGUAUGAUGUUGUUACGCCCAUUCGUCAUUGUUGCACUGGUAGUGUUGACGACCUGUAAGGCAGACAGGUUAAGCAAAUUGGAGGGACAAAUGAAAGGGAUGAAAGGUUUUCAGUCGUACGUAAUGGCGAGAUUGGACACACUUGAAGGAGAUUUUGGUACAUUAACUGAUAGAGUUUCAAAGCUUGAAUCACUUGUUAACACGUCCGAAAGCGAUAAUCGGGAGACUGACAGUAUCGAAUCAAGAACCGGGCAUACUGUAGGAAAUAAAUAUAUAAAACCUGAAAUUAACGAAAUCAUUAAAACGCUCACAAUGUAUAAACAUUCGUUUAAAAAACAUAAAAAGGAGCUAAUUAAUGCAAAUAAUGUUUUCAAAAACACAUUGUCGGCGUUUGUUUCGAACGCAUCCUUAACUGUUAGCUCAUUAGCUGAAAAAAUAUCAGCUACUUUGCAAAAGGUCAACAAUACAAUAGCUGAAAGUGGAAUGGUAUUGCGCACUGAUACUUUUAUAUAUUUGGGCAAAUUCAGAUCGGAAGUUAGGACUGAUAUAGUCAUUCACUUUGAAGGCGAAGAACAAAAAAUCAAUAACACAUUGCUUGCUAUAAAUUCUCAAGUCCGUGAACAUAUUGCAAAUGAAACAAAUACUCUUGAACGUUUUAAAACAAAUAUCCUUCAAGACGCAAAGGCAGCACAAGCAAAUGUCCAAAACAAAACAUUUGAGAUGGAAAAGAAGGUUGAAGAGCUAAUAGGCAGAGCAAAUGAAGUUAUUGACAUCAUUAAUGAGCAUAGAUCUUCAAUAGAAGACGGUAUUAUGGCCAACAUCAGGGCGCUUCACAUAUCUUGGAGUGAUUGGUCUACAUGGUCCGACUGUUCAGGGUCAAGUGACAGGGGCAGCAGGAGAAGACACAGGUCAUGUGAUGUAUUGUCACCUAUUACUGAUGGCACGUGCAUUGGAUAUGAUACAGAUACAGAGUUUUGUCCAUAUGACUGCAGCGAUGUGUUAAACCUUGGCCUGUCACGUGGGUCGGGUGUGUACAAUAUCAGGCCCUGGAACACGCAAAGGGAGGUGGAGGUUUACUGCGAUAUGGAUACCGAAGGUGGUGGAUGGACGGUGUUUCAAAGACGCUGGAAUGGUUCUGUUGCCUUCAACAGGAGCUUUGCGGAUUACGAGAGGGGUUUUGGCUCAUUGGAUGGUGAAUUUUGGUCAGGUCUGAGUCUUCUUCACUCAAUGACAAGCCGGGCUAACAUGACGUUACGUAUGGAUAUGAGUUUACCAGACGGAACUUCUGGAUUUGACGAGUACUCGGGCUUCUAUAUUUCUCUACCAGACCGAUACAGCAUUAACGUUGAUAGGAGGAUCAACUCAAGAGGAAUGUCCGAUUCCUACCUUCUCUCCGACAACAGUACUAAUUUUGAUAUGAAUCACCUGCCGUUUUCAACAUACGACAGGGACGUGGACAACACCUCUACAAAUUGUGCCCAAAAGUAUGGAGGUGGCUGGUGGUACAAUGCCUGCAUGAGCAUGCAGCUGAAUGGCCCGUUCAGAAGUAACAUUUAUUAUUACGCUUCCUUCAAAAAUGGUUUUCCGCGAACACUUAAGACGUCAAUUAUGAUGCUACGAUUGAGUUAUUAAGAUUUGACCGGACUAUUUAAUGCAAGUCAUUAAAUUUUGUAAAUUUACUAUCAAAAUGUUGCAAAUGCAUGAAAUUAAUACAUUUUUGUUCGACACAAUCAAUGAUUCGUGUAAUUAAACUAGACAUACCCGCUUUUUACUAAGGUAUUGAAAUGCGAUUUGUGAAAUGAGUUAUCACUUCAGCCAUUUCUAAGCCUUUAAGAAACGCUUGUAAAAUGACAAAGGCAACAUUUUUGGUCAAUAACUUAAAUUAUGUUUGUGCCCCAUGUAUUGAAAUUUGAUAAAAUUUGCCCUUAUGGGUAUUUUAUGUAACAAUACUGAAAUUUCAAUCGUGUCUCGAUCUCAGUAAAGUAUUCUGUAUUAUUUGUAUAAUUUACGCAGGUACAAAUCAGUUUAAUAUCAUGAUGGAAAUGUCACGGUCAUUGAUUUACUGGAUACAAUUCGUUACCAAGGAAUAAAAGAGUCCCUCUUACAAGUCAAGUGAUAACGUUUAUUGUCUUAAAUUUAUGUACACCGUGAAAACAUUGAGGUAAACAACAAACGUAUUACAAUGAAGAAAUAAAUUAUGAAAAAAAGAAAAAACAUGACGCGUAAUAUUAAUUAUAUCGUAAUUUUCCAUUUUAUUUGACUUGCUUUUAUUUAUGUUUUAUGUAACUAAAAUGAUUUUGUCAUUAGUUUAUGUCAAAUGAUUGGGUUUAUUGUUUUAGAAAUUUCUUUUUAAGAAAGAUGAAUCUACAUUUUAAAGGAUCAAUAAUGUAUUAAGUGCCACUGUGUUUAAUGUCACUUAAUUUGCCAUUAAAUUCGUUUUUGCCAUUCGAGCGUUUCUUUUUAUCUUUAUUGAAUGCAUUGUUGUUGGUUAUCGGACAUUGGUUAUCAUAUGCCGUAUUCUGAAUGCGUAGAUAACGGACGUUCCCUUUGGCAAACAGUGAAUUAGUUAAAACCUACUGUUUGACAAUGGUUCAAGACAAACCAAUGAAAAACUCUUUUUUUAUUUUAAAAAAUCACCGUAUGUCAACUUUCAGUUCUUGUGCUAGUUCUUUGCUUCACUAUAUUUGCUCAAAUUGAGAAGAUAACUAAUGACUGCCAGAGGCAUAGGGAUCUGAUUUGGACAGAUUCUGAGAAGAGAGAUGUGACAAAAAAAACAGUAACUGUUAUUCAAUAUUUACUAAAACAUUCUUCUUUGCUUGUAGCAUUACGUACGUUUUGAUAGAAUGUUGAUGCUGAUCCUAACGUGACAGAUGAAACUGUUUAGUGACAGAUAAAGCAUGAGUAAUAUUGAGGAUCAUAACAUAUCAUUGAUGAUACAAAAAUGGAUUCGUAAAACAAGCAAAACAAAUCUUACUGGUUAUAGUCAGUGUAUCAUGAAUAUAGGCUGCAUUUUAAGAACUUUUUUGAAUUGACAACAACAUUAAUUUUACUAUAUGUUAAGAGGUAGACUUCAACUUUAAACUCAACCUAACGGGCAGAAAAACAAAACAAACAAAACCCUGUUAAAAAACAUGGUUAAGUUUCAUAGACAGACAAACAACAGUUAGGGAUAUAUUUUUCACAUCAACAUCUGACUAGAAAUUCAAAAUUUCAAAGUAAAAACACUGAUAUAUUUGAUCUCUUUAAUAAUUUCAAGUCAUUAUUUCUAAAGGUUUUGGUACAAAAAAAAUGUUUUAUAAUAGUUGUUAAGCAAACAAAAACUUAAAACGUCGUAUGUCGCUAAACAGAAACUUACUUUUAUCUGUGAUAAUCUUUCAUAUCUUAAUAAUAAUAAUCAAAACAUCUGUAUUAGUUGAAUUAAACAACGUUAAAGCAAAUACAGAGCGGAUUGCAUUAUACAAACUACAAUGUGUGAAAUUGUCAAUGCUUUAUGUCAAAUAAUUGGGUGUAUUGUCUCAGAAAACUAUUGUUAAUAAAGAUAUUUCUAUAUUUUAAAGAAUACAAAAGGA